AUUACUAUACGACUUAUUACAGCUGUCCUUCAUUAAAUAGGUGCAGUUGUCCUCAGGCACCUGCCCGGCUGUAGUAGGACUACUGCAUAUCGCCACAAGCAUCAGGCGGCAUUCCUCUUUCUUCUGUGUAACCACUCUAACUAUUGUGCCACAGCCUCAUAUACCAGUAGACAGCUUCGUCGUCAAAUUGGCAUUUUGCCAUCCCUAAUGCAGAGCACAAGAAGCAGACUCCCAACACCGCCCGCUUGCGGGUCGCUCCAGCCAACUGGACACUACAACCAUGUCCGGAACCCUGUCGCAUCACGCUUCGCUCAGUCACGUGCCCAGGCAUCCAGCAGCAGUCGCAGCCGCAUCAGCAGCAUUCGCCGCAAACCUCCACAAGAUGCUCGGUCGCUGGCGACGCCGGUGAUGGCAGCAGCAGCUGCGGAGAGCGGAGGCGAAUCGCUCGCCUUCAGCAGCAGCACCAGCAGCAGCAUUAUCGGCAGCGGCGGCGGGGCUGAGGGGCGCCGUGUGGUCAUCGUCGGGGGCGGAUGGGCAGGUUUCGGCGCCGCCAAGCACCUGGCGGAGCAGGGCUGCGACGUGACGCUGCUGGAGGCCGCAGCGCACCCGGGCGGGCUGUCGGGGGGCUUCCGUACGACAGGCGGGCGGGCGGUGGAGGCGGGCAUGAAGGGCUUCUGGUACCAGUACCACAACAUCUUUGCGCUGCUCCGGGAGCUGCGCCUGCCCGCCUGGCCGCUAACCGAGUGGACCCCCUCGGGCUUCUGGGGCGCCGGCGGCAAGCUGCUCACGGAGGCGCCCGUGUUCAGCAGCCGCCCGCGACUACCCACGCUGCUGGGGCAGUUCGUGCACACCUUCCCGCUCUACUGGUCGCUGCCACUGCCCGACCGCCUCACACUGCUGCCCUUCCUGGCCACACUAGCUGACUACGUGUCUAGUGAGGAGGUGUACGAGCAGUACGACAAGAUGAGUGCGUACGAGCUCUUCCGGCGCUGCGGAGUGUCCGCACGAGCUUAUGAUGAGUUCCUGCGGCCCACACUGCUGGUGGGGCUGUUCGCGCCGCCCGAGGAGCUGAGUGCCGCUGUGGUGCUGGACACGCUGUACUUCUACGCGCUGGCGCACCAGAACGACUUCGACGUGUGCUGGCCGCGGGGCUCCGUGGCGGAGCUGGUGUUCAUGCCCCUGGUGGAGAGGAUCCGGGCAGCAGGCGGGCGGGUGCUGGGGUCGCGACUGGUGACAGGCUUCUCCACCGAUCCCGAAUCGGGGGAGGUGCGCAGCGUGGAGGCUGUCAACCGGGAUACAGGCGAGGUAUUCAGCUACCCAACUGACGCGGUGGUGUUUGCGGUGGGGGUCGGCGCCAUGCAGAAACUGGUGUCGUCCUCACCCGCACUGGCUAGCCAGCCCGACUUCUGCGCCCUCAUGCAGCUGCGCUCUCUAGACGUGGUGGCCACCCGGCUGUGGUUCGACCGCCGGCUGCCCACCCGCUACCCCGCCAACGUGCUGUCGGGCUUGGAGCCCUCCGCCGGGGCCACCUUCUUCAACCUCAACGAGCUGCAGGACGAGUACCGUGACGCUGCUGGUACGGUGCUGUCCGCCGACAUCUACCACGCCGCCAGCCUGCUGCCCCUCAGCGAUGAGCAGCUGGUGCAGCGGCUGCUGGCGGCUGUGAGGGCCUGCGAACCGGGAUUCAAAGUUGCCCGGCUGGUGGACAGUGUGGUGCUGCGCUACCCGCGAGCUGUGACGCACUUCAGCCCCGGCUCGCACCGGCACCGCCCCACCCAGACCACCAGCAUCCCCAACGUCUUCAUGGCAGGCGACUGGGUCAAGGGUCUUCCCCACGGCGCCAAUGGGUUGUCCCAGGAGCGAGCCUACGUCACCGGGCUUUCUGCCUCCAACUUGGUGAUUGCCAGACUGCAUGGUAGCACCAGCAGCAGCAGUGGCUGGGACCCCAAGCUGGCUGUUAUCCUAGAUGUGGAGCCGGAUGAGCCGCAUGUUGCAGCAGCCCGGGCGGCAGCACGAGGGUUUCGGGAUCUGGCAUCGGCGGUGGGGCUGCGGAGUCCCCUCCUUUGAAACGCAAGGAAGCACCCAACUAGGACGAAUGAGGAGCCCGAUAAGGGGUUUGCCCUCGCUGCAGAGUUUUGCCUUGAUCUUUGAAACAAUUUCUUCAUUGUCUACCUAGUCCAGACAGCGGUUUGGCAGUGUAGUGCUGUCGUAGCUAGCACGUACUGGUUAUGACGCUUGUUAGCAAGGCGCAUGCAGCCACUGGACACCGUACUUGGGGUGCUCUUUUUACUCAUGUUAGCUUAAUGCGACUUCGUGUAAGCGAAUAGUGCAAGUUGGCCUACCCCUUCUCUCCAUUGGUUGCGUUUACUCGGCUAGCAGUGAUACGUAACCUACGCAUUGGUAAGAGGUCUGAGCCGUUUUUGUGGCAGAUCUAACACCAAUUGUAAAGAUUGCUUCAGGAAAGCGUAGCUAGAGGUGUUGGUUCAACGUCGGACACGAGUGUCGGAGUAGAUAGCUAUAUGACUGAUCUCGGGCACAUGUGAACUACUGUUAAGCUCAAAGCUGUAAGCGUCGGAGGCUGGGCUGGUGGCUCCAACUGACCUUGUAGCGGAUAGGCAGCGUUUGGUAGUAUCACGGUUAAGUUUUACGCUGGAAGACGAGGACGCCGGGCACCGCCGGAUGCGUCUAUCAGCAUUCUUAGUAGAUACGGA